UGUCAAAUGAAUUUGGCCAACCUUUAUUUUGUUACAAGUGUAACUCAAUCAAACCUGAAAGGACUCAUCACUGUAAAGUCUGUCAAAAAUGUGCGGCCAAAAUGGACCAGUAAGUGAAUUAAAAAGAUUAGCGGUUGUCCCGCCGUCUUCCUACGAUUAACAUGAGCUUUCAACUGCAACGUAGCCAUUGUUUAUGGAUCAAUGGGUGCGUGGAGGAUACCAAUUAUAAGUUCUUCAGCUUAUUUAUCUUUUAUGUUGCUUGUUAUGCUGUUUGGGUUUUUAUCAGUACAGCACCAUUACUUUUGAACAUUGUUCGUGAGCGAGCAGGAGGUGUCACUUUACAAUUUUGUUGGAAGGUGUAUAAAAUUUACUUGGCAUCCAUUUUCUUCGUAUGGAAGAAUAUCUAUAUCAUGAUCAAAAACAGGAAAUGGAUGUCCUUGUUCGAAGGAGUACCAUCUUUGGGACUACAAUUAAGCUUCCAUUGGUAUUCUGUGCUAAUACUGGGAUUCCUCUUCGGAUUUUUACUGACAGGAUUUACCAUGGUGCAUUUUAUGUACAUUUUCAAAAAUCUGACUAGCAUAGAAUAUAUUGCGACAAAACCAUUGCAUUUACGUGUCGAUUUCGAUAACAGUGGAAGCAACUUUGAAAUUGUUUCUGUUCUCGGUUACAACAUAUAUGACCAAGGAUUUUACAAAAACUGGUGUGCAGUAAUGGGAUUAAAUCCACUCUUUUGGUUCGUUCCACUAAGAAAUAGUGAAAGCCGACGAGGAUUUGAUAAGCUUUAUCCUUACAGCGAAAACUUUGAAAAGGAAGUCAGCCGCUUAGCAAGAGUACAACGACAUAGAAGGUUGCAAGAUUGUAGUCCGGUGAAAGAAAACUAAGACAGUAACAGUUUAUUAUUCACCUUUCAUAAAUGCCUAAGGAACAAAAAUUAAAUCUACGCUUCAGGAAGAUCAUCCAUCUCUAAUACUCUGCACUUCUC